AUGUCAAAUGUCCAUAUUUCUAAUGGGAGCCCUUCCCUGGAGCGCAUGGAAGCCAGGCAGUCGGAGUACCUGAAACCGUCAGCUUGCAGGAACAUCUUCAGGCUGGUGGACCAUGCAGAGUUAAACAGGGACUUGAAGAAGCACUGCCAGGAGAUGGAAGAGGCAUGCCAGAGGAAGUGGAUUUUCGAUUUCCAGAAUCACAAGCUGCUGGAAGGCAUGGAGAAGGAGAGCUCACCCAACUUCUACUUCAGACCCUCCAGGCUACUGAAAGCUGUCUGCAAGUCCACUGGCCACCAGAGCUUGGAUGUAAAGGGGAAUUGCCAAACCAUGGUUUUUGUCGGUUCUCAGGGAAUCUCAGAAGAGACUCACUGUGUAGAUCAAAAGACUGAUGACGUGCGGAAACAAACUCUACAACUUGCAAUGGACUUUGCAGGGCAGUGCACUGGGCAGCGGAAAAGACCUGCCACCAAUGACUCCUCUCCUCAAAUAAAAGAGCCAACACAUGCACCGUUAGCUGUUGUUCAUCUGUCUGCCACACCACCCUGUGACUUAAACAUUAACUG